GGCGGGGCCGCGCGCACCCGGGAUGGAGGUCGGGCCACGCGAAGGGCGCGCGGAGAGCAGAAAGGAGCAUUGGAAGCUGCUAGGCAACCUGAAAACCACAGUGGAAGGUUUGGUGUCCACCAGCAACCCAAAUGUCUGGUCCAAGUAUGGCGGCUUGGAAAGACUCUGCAGAGACAUGCACAGCAUCCUCUACCACGGGCUCAUCCAUGACAAGGUGUGCUGCAGACAGAAGGAUUACUGGCAGUUUGUGAAGGACAUUCGCUGGCUGAGUCCUGGCUCUGCUCAUCACCUGGAGAAGUUCAUCAGCCUGCAGGAGAGCGCCCAGCCCAGCCCAGAGGAUGGUGGGGACCAAGCUAUUGCUCAGCUGUGGCUGCAGCACAGCCUGCAGUGCCACUGCCUGUCUGCUCAGCUGAGGCCACUCCUGGGGAACCGGCAGUACAUCAGGAAGUUCUACGCAGACUCUGCCUUCCUGCUCAGUGACGCCCACGUCACGGCCAUGCUGCAGUGCCUGGAGGCUGUUGAGCAGAACAACCCCAGGCUUCUGGCUCAGAUCGACACCUCCAUGCUGGCGGGCACGUCACUGCCAUCUCUGUGCUCAUCGGGUCCUUCUGCUGGGACAAGAGAGAUGUGUGACUAUGAUGCUGAAGGACAUGAGAGCCGUCUGCCUGGGGCACUGGGCUGCCUGGAUCAUUUCACUGAGAGCCUGCUUACCAGGAAGAGUGACAGUCUGCCUCCAGUGACCAAGAGCCAGAGCCUGACUGCCCUUCCUUCACCCCCAUGCAUCCCCGCUGCAGGUUGCCCGCAGCAGCGCUGCUUUGGGUCCUUCUCCAGCCUCCACCAUCCAGCCUCCUCUGGCUUCUCAGACAGGAGACCAGCAAGCUCUUCUGUCAGCUCCAGCACCAGCCAGCCACAGGAGUGCUGUCCAUCCACCCGCUCCUCCUCCUUCAGCGAGGGCAGGUCCCCUCUGGAGCAGCCUGGCUCUGUCACUCACUUUCACGUCCCCUCACCCAAAGACUCCUUCUCUCCAGCCAGCGAGAUGAGCUCCAGCACCACCAGCCAGAGCGAGGACACUUGGACAGGGAGCCAGGAUGAUCCUCAGAGUGAUGCUAACGAUGGGCCCGAGUACCUGGCCAUUGGGAACUUGGGGCGCCGUGGCCGGGCAUGCAGCAGUGCCAGCACCAACAGCACCAAGAGCAGUAGCUCCAAACUCUUCUCCUCCAGCAGCUCCCAGAAGCUGGACUCGGUCUCAUCCCUGGGGGAGCAAGGGGCAAGUGGAGGUGGAAGCAGGGGCUUGAGCCUGUUGCGCCGGUCAAGCUUCUCAGAGGGACAGUCGUCAGCUCCACAGGGCAUCCUCAAGAAGAGCCACGUGCGCUCGCAUUCUGACACCAAUGUGACUUCGGGGAAGAUACAUGAGUCCCAUGGUGACUUGGGCGGGGGACGAGGGCUGGUGUCUGCUUCCGCCCGGAGCAGUGAACUGAGCACACCCAGCUCCCUCUACAUGGAGUAUGACUCUGGCCAGUACUUGAGCUCGGGGGAAGGGAUGUUCAGAAGACCCUCAGAAGGGCAGUCCCUCAUCAGCUACCUCUCUGAGCAGGACUUUGGCAGCUGUGCAGACCUGGAGAAGGAGAACGCACACUUCAGCAUCUCAGAGUCCCUGAUUGCUGCCAUUGAGCUGAUGAAAUGCAACAUGAUGAGCCGGCAGCUGGAGGAGGAGGAGGAAGACAGUGACAAGGAGAUCCAGGAGCUUAAACAAAAGAUUCGUAUUCGGCGCCAGCAGAUCCGCACUCGACACCUGUUCCCUACCUGCCAGGAGAUGGGCUCAGACAGUCUUAUGGCGACAGACAGUGGGUCCCAGUUCAGCUCUCAUGGCUCCAUGCGGCUCUCUGACUCUGGCUCUGCAGAGGAUGUGGAAGAGUACGAGAUCCGAGAUGGUAACGAUGGAUCUAACCUGAUUCAAAUGUCCAAGAACGGCCUCUCAGUGUCAAUGGCUUCCCUGUUCUCAGAUGCAGACAUCAAGAGGAACCCAGACUCCAGCAGGAAGUCCUUUCUGUCCUCGGAGUCCAUAUCUCACUCCUUCCUCAAUUCCAACUCAGCAGAGGCCGUGGCCAUGGGCUUGCUGAAGCAGUUUGAGGGCAUGCAGCUCCCAGCUGCAUCUGAAUUGGAGUGGCUGGUCCCUGAGCACGAUGCCCCACAGAAGCUCCUACCCAUCCCUGACUCUCUGCCCAUCUCUCCUGAUGAUGGACAACACGCUGACAUCUACAAGCUGAGGAUUCGGGUGCGUGGAAACCUGGAGUGGGCCCCACCACGACCACAGAUCAUCUUCAAUGUUCACCCAGCUCCAAAGAGGAAAGUGGCCAUGGCCAAGCAGAAUUAUCGGUGUGCAGGCUGUGGCAUCCGGACUGAUCCUGAUUACAUCAAGCGGCUGCGGUACUGUGAGUACCUGGGGAAGUAUUUCUGCCAGUGCUGCCACGAGAACGCCCAGACUGUCAUCCCCAGCCGCAUCCUGCGCAAGUGGGACUUCAGCAAGUACUGUGUGAGCAACUUCUCCAAAGACCUGCUGAGCAAGAUCUGGAGUGACCCACUCUUCAAUGUGCAGGAUAUCAAUCCUGCCCUCUACAGAAAAGUGAAGUCUCUCAACCAAGUGUGGCUACUGCGAAUCCAGCUUUUCCACAUGAAGAACAUGUUUAAGACAUGCCGGCUGGCUAAAGACCUCCUAGACUCCUUCGAUGCAGUGCCUGGCCACUUGACAGAGGAUUUGCAUCUCUACUCACUUAGCGACCUCAAUGCCACAAAGAAAGGGGACCUGGUGCCUCGUUUGACAGAGCUGCUGAAGGCAGGCAGCCUGCACGUUGAGAAGUGCAUGCUGUGCCAAGCCAAAGGCUUCAUCUGUGAGUUCUGCCAGAAUGAAGGUGACAUCAUCUUCCCCUUUGAGCUCAACAAGUGCAAGAUGUGUGAAGAGUGCAAAGCCUGCUACCACAAAUCCUGCUUCAAAUCCCCCUGUCCCCGCUGUGAGCGGCUGCAGGCCCGGAGAGAGCUGCUGGCCAAGCAGAGCAUGGAGUCCUACGUCUCAGACUAUGAAGAUGAGCUGGAGCAGCCAGAGGUGGUGGCAGCCACAUGAGCAUGCUGCAGCAGAGGAGCAGAUUGUGGAUUUAUUUACAUGGGUGGCCUUCAUCACCAGAGACUGAGCUGUGCAGACUGGAGAUGAGGACUAUCAGGAACGCUCUCUCAAGGGAUCUGUUGUGGUCAUGCUGGGCUAGGGAAGGGGUAUCUUCCAUCUUCCAGGUCUGGUCCAGGUACAUCCCCAAUGCCCUGCUCCUUGGCAGGGUCCCUUGGGGCAUAAGCACUUUCUGCUCAUCACUUGUUUACUAGGAAGCUCUGGCCACAUCUGCUCCUUGGAGAGGGGGAUCAGCUCUCUGAAUCCUUGGAUCCCCUGUCCUGCUUCUGGGGGUUGUAUGCAUGGAGGGAGGAGGGUGGGGUGGUUGUACAUUUAACAGCUCCCUUUCUCAGAUCUGUCUUAGGGCACUGCCAGAGAGCAGUUGUCCAGGAGCAGAGGGAGUGACAGUGGUGAAAAUGCCAGAUUUCUGCUUUACCUCUCCAUGUUCUCUGCCCUGAGCUGCCUUCCCUGGCCACUGCCCACAGCCAGUGCUGCAGGGGGGCAUUGCCCCCAGAGCAGCCACACAAGGGCACUGGUGUUGAUGGGCUUUCAGCAGAGGCAAUUCACCAUAGCUGGAGGAUGCAGUUAGCAAGACUUCCAACCACUCUUCUUCUUCAUGCUUCUGUCCUCCUGGGAGAACAUGUCCUCCUCUAAGGGUGACAUGGGACAUCACUCUGGUGACACCAGGACCUGCCUUGCAUGCAGCUGCCUUCUGCCUGAGACUUCUUGGGGUGCAGGUGAAGGCUCAGCCCACCAGCCACAUCCCCUGAGUCUCUGUCUCAGUUUGUUCCUCUAGGUUGGCUUUUUGGUUUUUUUAAUCUGCUGGAUACGGUUUUAUUUUUUUAACGUGGUUGUUUGUGUUUUUAACUGUGUGUUAUCCCCCAAAGAGGUGCUGCUUGAAAUGCCUCUUGAAGGGACAUGCAAUCUGCUUGGGACGCACCAGUAUAAAACCUCGAGGGCUGUCUUGCUUUUGGUUCCUCACCCCUGGAUGGGACUGGAAUUUGUCUGGUGUCCCCUCUCCCAGCAGAUCUCCUGCUCUCCUUGGGAGAAGGGUUCUUGAGCCAGGCAAAGCCUCAAGGCCAGGCUACAGUUCAGUGGGGUGGCUGGGCAGCCUGCUUGCAAUGGGGGAUGCACAGGGGAGAGGGAUUUGGCACUGGGGUGCUGCAAAGGGUUCAGCCCUUGAUGAUGCAGAGCUGUCUGCCACAACUGAUGGUUGUGUGGGGUUGGAUCCUGUGAUAGAAGGUAAGCUUCAUGCUCUGGGGCUCAUGGUCAGUUGAGAUUCCUCUGCAUCAAGGGGAUGCUUCAGCUCAUGGCACAGGUGAGCAUCCAGCACCACCUCAUUAUGGGUGGGGUGUGGGGUGUUUGGAAGGACAGUGUGGCCUGUGUAUGUGUGAGAAGGGAGUUGAGGGACCAGGGAGCAAUGCACUGGCAGAAGGCAUCUAGGGAAAAUGGCUCUUGCAGCAU